AGUCGAGCUCGGUGCUGGUUCAAGCAGGUAAAAUGGCGUCAAAUCAAUUCUCUGUCGCGUCUCCGCCGACGGAUGCUAUCUCCGCUCUGAAGUUCUCUCCCGAUGCCGACUCCACGCGAAUCGUUGUUUCCUCGUGGGAUAAGAAUGUGUACCUGUACGACCUGCGCGACGAAAAUGGUGCAGUAGGAGAAGGAAAAUUGUUACAGAAGUUUGAGCAUCGUGCUCCGGUGUUGGAUGUGUGCUUUGGCGCAACCGAGGAUGAGAUCUACACAGCUGGCUUGGAUUGGGACGUCAAGAAAAUCGAUGUAGCAUCAUCCACCCAGACCGUCCUUAGCAGCCAUGAAGCCGGCGUGCGCAGUGUUGUUUUCAGCAAGGAGCACAACCUAGUCAUCUCCGCAUCCUGGGACUCGACAUUGCAUGUGCACCAGACGAACGAUCCAGCCACGGCACCCGCUGUCAUUCCUCUUCCCUCCAAGCCCUUCUCCAUGUCCCUUACCGCCACAAAGCUCGUUGUCGCAAUGGCUUCCCGCGCUCUUCACAUUUACGACCUGAAAGCAUUGGCUAUGCUCACCGCUCAGUCGGAGGGUACGGGCCCCAACAAGAUUGAGAUCGAGCCCUGGCAGCGGAGGGAGAGCAGUUUGAAGUUCAUGACCCGCUCCGUGGCAUGCAUGCCCGACGACGCGGGAUACGCUUCAUCGAGUAUUGAGGGACGUGUCGCAGUCGAGUGGUUCGAUCCGUCUGCCGAGUCCCAGGCCCGGAAAUAUGCGUUCAAGUGUCACAGACAGACUGCAGAUGAUGUGGAUGUGGUAUACCCGGUCAAUGCGCUUGCAUUCCAUCCCGUUCACGGUACGUUUGCCUCUGGCGGUGGCGAUGGCGUGGUCGCUCUUUGGGACGGUAUCGCGAAGAGGAGAAUCAGGCAGUACCAGAAAUACCCGUCCAGUGUUGCGGCCGUGGACUUCAGCGGCAACGGAAAGUACCUGGCGAUCGCUAUCAGCCCGGGCUUUGAGGAUGGCAAUGAUGAUGUUGUUGAGGGGACGGUCAAGAUCUUUGUACGCGAGCUGGGAGAGACGGAAGCGAAGGGGAAGGGUGCCAAAUAAGUAUGAGUAUAUUUUUGCCUUAUGAAAUAUUGUUUUGAUGACCGGCGUGCGGAGACUUGGUGUUCUUACUUUUGGUUCAGUGAUAUCACAGUUAUGACGCACCAGGUUAUAGAAAGCGUAAAAAUUCCGAUUCGUC